GUCGGAGCCAGGCUGAGCCAAUAAAACCAGCUUUGUUACCUGUGAGGUAAAGCAGGAGUGUUGGUGCAGCAUUGUAGAGGAGUGAGCAGUAGCAUCUGGAGCAGUGGUUUGGGUGUGAAGACAUUGCAGUUGGCCAUGAGUCUUGCUUUGAUGCUUAGGCUACCUUGGCUUUGCCUUUUCUUCUUGACUGAUGUGGGCCUAUGCAGUCCUCUACUUCAAGCCCAGACGCGGCCAGCGUGGAUCAUGCCUCCAGCUCCAGUGAACCAGAAACCUGAGGCUCCAGCCCAAGUGCUCCCAGCUUGGGUUCAGACACCCCCAGCAUGGAUGCUUCCGGCUCCAGUGAACCAGAAACUCAAAACUCCUGAGGCUCCAGCCCAAGAGCUUCCAGCAUGGGCACAUCCACCCUCAGCAUGGUUGAUUCCUCCACCUUCAGUGAAGCAGAAACCCAAGGUGCCUCCAGCUCCAGUGAACCAGGAACCCCAGACUCCUGAGGCUCCAGCCCAAGAACCCCAAGCAUCGGCCCAGACGUGGCCAGCGUGGUUCAUGCCUCCAGCUCCAGCUCCAGUGACCAAGAAACCCAAGGUGCCUCAGGCUCCAGCCCAAGAGGUUCCUGCAUGGGUUCAGACUCCCCCAGUAUGGGUCAAGAUGCCUCCAGCUCCAGUGACUCAGGCUCCAGCCCAAGAGCCUCCAGCAAGGGUUCAGACACGCCCAACAUGGAUGCUUCCAGCUCCAGUGAACCAGGAACCUGAGGCUCCAGCCCAAGAACCCCCAGCAUGGAAUAACAUGCCCCAGUCCCCAGCGAGCCAGGCACCAGCCCAAACGCCACCGCCUCCGAUGACUCCAUUAGAACCUGUUGGGGGUGAUUUUGGCACUUCCUUCAUGGAGGGUGUCAGUGGAGAGGCUGCCUCUAAUGGUGGCGGUACUGAGGGUCCCUCAUCAGAGAGGGAGCGCUACCUUGUUAUCACAGAGCCCUUGGGUUUUCAAACCCGCUACGUGGUCAAGUCCUUCAAUCGUUAUGUGCGAGGACGAAAGAUCUAUUCCCAAACCACCUACAUCCCUCUAGACUAUCCUCCUGUCUCUGAGCCUGCUCCCGUCCCCACUCUUCCUCUGCCUGAAGCCCAGCUGGACCAAACUGUGAAGGCCAGCUGAGCUUGGCCCCUGUCCCAGCCCACCCCUGAGAUGAACCUUGAGGCCAGCAGAAACAGAUCCUUAUUGUCAGGGACACAGUCUCCGUUGUGUGUGUCUGUGCGCUUGGCUGGGUUUGUGUCGUGGUAGAGACAAGAAUGAUCUCAGACAGUCUUAUGAU